AUGCGGCUAGCGGAGAUGCGCGCGGUGUACGCGCAGCUGGCGCCGCUGAUGGCGGGCAUGAUCCUGGUGGCCAUGGGGCUGUGCGUCGCGCUCGUCUCCAUGCUUGACGUCAUCGUCUCAGCGCUCUGCCCCACCGACCAGUGCCCCGAGGCACUCAUGCUCUCCGCCGGCCGCGCCACGAUAGGCGGCAUAGCGAACAUCAUCGUGGCGCCCAUAUUCGGAGGCCUCUCCGACAAGCACGGUCGCAAGCCCUUCCUGCUGCUCGGCAUCGCAGGCAUCACCAUCCCCUACGCCAUCCUCGCUACCAGCUCCAGUCGCCUGGCCGUGUACCUGUUCUUUGCAGCAGAGACGGCAGGGUCUGCCCUGGGCGGCUCUGCAUGGCUCAAUCUUAUCUACGCCUAUGUGGCGGACGUGACAGCAGAGGCCAACAGGGCGGCGGCGUUUGGAGCCAUCUCCGGCACCACUGCCUUUGGCUUCCUCGCUGGCCCGCUCGUCGCCCGAUUCGUGCCUCCUGCCAUCACCUUCCAUGUGGCGACGCUGCUGUGCUCGUGCGGGUGGGUGUACAUUCUCUGCAUGGUGCCCGAGUCCCUACCUGACUCCCUACCUGAGUCCCCGUCUGAGUCCCUGCUCUCGCAACCCCUCCUGCGCAAGGCUGCCUCGCUUGCUGAUGUGGAGCGUGGUCGUUCUCUUGCUGCCGCCGAUGCUGCUGUGGCGGCUGUUGAUGGGGUGCGGUUUCCACGAGGGGUUUCCGAAGGGGGUGGCGGAGUGAGAAGUGGAAGAAGAGGAGGAGUCAGUCGGGAGAGUACUCUUGCUGCCAUUGCUGCUGCUGUGGCGGCUGUCGAUGGGGAGGGGAAUUCAGAAGGGGGUCAAGAAGGGGGUGGCGGAGUGAGAAGUGGAAUAGGAAGUGGAGGAGGAAGUGGAGGAGGCAGUCGGGUGAGUAUUCUUGCUGCCGCUGCUGCUGCUGUGGCGGCUGUUGAUGGCGUGGGGAUUGCGGGGGAGGGUCAAGAAGGGGGAGGGGGAGUGAGCAGAGGAGGAAGAGGUGGUGGUGGUGGCAGUGGGGGGGGUGUGGGGGAGAGGACUAGCCUGCUGGAAGGGUGUGGAGAUGGAGGGAAUGGGGAGAAGGGGGGAGGACGACAGGUAGGAGGAGGGGGAAGUGCAGGUGCAGGGCGGGGAGGGGCGAGGAGCGUGAAGCGAAGCAAGUCGGCAGUGUUGAUGCGAAGCAGAUCCACACUCAAGGAAGCCGCCAUGCACAUCAGAUUCUCCAGUCGCCUCGUGUCCAUGCUGCUGCUCGUGGCCUUCCUGCAUGCCUUUGCAGACAACGGCCAAGUGGCCAACAUGCUUUACGUGUUCAAGGCCAAGUUCCACUGGGGCAAGAACGACUUCUCACUCUACACCGCUGGCAUCGGCCUCUUUGCCGUGCUCUCCCACCUCCUGCUGCUGCCCCUGCUGCUCAAGAUGCUCCCCCUUCCCUCCCUGCUCAUCCUCGCUAUUUCCAUCAACACCGUCCAUGUGGUCCUCUAUGGGCUCGCAUGGAAGCCAUGGGUGGUGUACUUCGCGCUAUGCAUGAGCAUCAUAUCUGCGCUCACUCAAACCUUGAUCAGCACCAUGAUUUCACACCUUGCAGGCCCCAGGGAACAGGGCAAGCUGCAAGGGGUUGUGUCAAGCAUACAUUCUCUCUCUGCUGUGCUCGCUCCUCUCACCAUCAACCCAAUCACUGCGUAUUUCAUGUCGGACUCAGCGCCCAUCCAUCAGCCUGGUGCCGGCAUCCUCGUGACAGCCAUUGUCGAGGCGGUGGCCUGUGUGCUUGUGCUUGCACUGCCGCCUGCUGCUGGCAAGACAGGUGUGAGGGCACUAGACGUCUCUGCCUCACCAACGCGUGCUCGUGCCGAAGCUCAGGGUAACGUGGAGGCGGCUUCCGACAACCACUAG